CGAAUUGAAGUAUGGUUACGAACGUGUAACAUCCGUUGUACUGAACCAAAAGUCAGCGAUACUUAUUAUUUCAGUGGUAAUAUCAAUGGCAUCGUUGUGGACUUCAACACCAAGUAUUGAGUGUUUUUUUUUUUUUUCGUAG